AUGGGCUCCGAGCGCUAUCCCGUCCAGCAGAGAGGAAUUUACCGCAAUUUGCCAGUCUUCGAUCCAGCGGUCAAGGGGCUGACAGCCAUUGUCACCGGUGCCAAUGGGAUAUCCGGCUUUCAUACGAUGAGGGUACUCCUCCAGAGCCCCGAACGAUGGUCAAAAGUCUACGCAUUAUCCCGCCGACCACCACCCAAAGCAAUGAUGGCUUUGCUUCCAGAGCCACAGCGGUCUCGAGUCGAGCAUAUAGCGGUAGACUUUCUGGACGAACCAUCAAAAAUCGCUCAGGCGUUGAAAUCGGUCACGGCAGACUAUAUCUUCUUUUACUCGUACUUACAACCCACACCACCGCCGGGUGCUGCAGUGUGGUCGAAUGCCGAGGAGCUGCUUAAAGUCAACACUGCCCUUCUUGACAAUUUCCUCCAAGCUUUGUCACUGUCCAAGAUCAUUCCCAAGCGUUUUCUCCUACAAACAGGAGCGAAACAUUACGGCGUUCAUAUUGGCCGUACUCGAAGUCCUGCUGUGGAAUCCGACCCUGACUUGACCCAUCUGGAGCCUAAUUUCUACUAUCCUCAGGAGAAAUCGCUUUAUGAAUUCUGCAGGGCCAACAACACUUCGUGGAAUGUUAUAAGACCAGCUUGGGUCCUUGGCGCUGUCAACAACGCUCAAAUGAAUGCCCUACUACCGGUCGCAUUUUAUGCGGCCGUUCAGGCAGAGAAAAGAGAGCCUCUUCGUUUUCCUUCUGAUUGGGAUGUGUGGCAACACGAGGGCCAUCAUUCGUCCGCCAUGCUCACAGGGUAUCUCUCUGAGUGGGCGGCCCUUGAAGAUAAAUGUCGCAAUCAAGCAUUCAAUUCUCAGGAUACUGGUGCUCUCACAUGGGAUCGGCUCUAUGAGGAGCUAGUUCGCUGGUUCGACGUCAAGAAAGGCGUUGCUCCACCGGAAGAGGACAACACAAGGUUGAGCGUUUUCGAAGGUAAAGCCGGCAAAGAUACACCCAUGGGAUACGGUCCUCCACUGCUUUGGCGUAGUGGCUUCACACUGGUAGAUUGGGCGUCUGAACCUGAGAAUAAGGAGGCAUGGCAACGGCUCAUGGCCAAGUCGGGUGGUCAACUUACCAACAACCCACACGAUGACCCGUUGGCAAACUUUGCUUUCGGAGACGCUGCAUUCCGAAAAAUCAGCAGCUUGUGCAUGAACAAGGCAAGACUGUUUGGCUGGACGGGCUUCGCGGACACAAGAGAGGUCUUGUUUGAGAUGUACUCUGAGAUGGCUGAACUGGGUGUUCUCCCUCGGAUGAAGGUCGACAAAGCCAGACCCUUGAUCUGA